GAACUCAAAUUCUGAUGCUAGUCCACUUAUACACAGCGCUAUAAGAUAGCGUUUCCAAUCGACCACAUCUGUCUCCGUCCGAUACUUACGUGUUUCCGCGCUACGUAGGUGAACGUUCGGGCGAGGUCACCCGACGUGGUACGUCUUGCUGUCCCAGAUUCCGGACUCGGAACUGUCAGAGAGGCGUCUGGUGGACAUUGGCACGAAACCCCCCCAGUGCAAUCACUGGCAUUCUUAUAUGCUCCUUCUGUUCUUGCCACACUCCCUCGAGCAGCCAUGACACGGGAAGCGAGUGGGCCUAUACCGUUGGUGGCAAUCAAUGCUCUUGACAUGGGGAAACGUUCCCGAGGGGCCGCCAUGGGCCUGCUUUUCUAUGACCAUAGUCAUGAUUACUUUGGACUUGGAGAUCUCCUUGGUCUGGAGCCAGAGCAAGAAACGUCCUGCUUUCUACCUAUUCAUCUUUAAUCGUUUCUUUGCAUUCUUUUUCCUUAUUUUCGAUAGCAUACCUCUGACCAAAGCUGGUACUAAUAGCUCUCAUGUAUGGAUCUCCACUACUCUACUCUUUCUGUCUUUCUGCGUCAUCUACUUAAUGUGCGACGAUCUUGUGACGUUGCUAACGACACUGACGGUCCAAGCCAUCCUUAUGCUCCGAGUGUACGCUUUGUACGAACGGAGUCGCAAGAUUCUGGUUUUCCUCCUCACGGUUUGCCUUCUUGAGCUGGCUGCAAUGGCGACCCUCGUCGGCGUGACUAUCAAGCACUUGGAUCAUAUUCUCAUCGCCUCAACGGAUACUGGCUGUUACUAUCACGGUAUCCUCAAAUUCUCAGCAUUAUUCUGGGUUCCAGGACUCGUUUACGAACCCAUUCUUUUCCUGAUGGUGGCAUACAAAGCCUGGCCAUUGACUAAAGGGAAUAAAGGCCCUCGCAUUCCGCUGGUCACUCGAAUGGCUAGAGACAGCCUUUUCUACUUCGUCAUCGUGUUUGCGUUACUACUGAUCAGCACACUUAUAUGGGCCCGCGCUCCCACCUAUAUCAAUAUGGUCAUGCCGUGGUCUGCCGCCCUUCCCUCUAUACUAGGGAGCAGGCUACUGUUGAAUAUGCGCGAAAUAGUAUCCCGCCAAAUGAACGGAUCGUACAUCAUCGAAUCCUUCGCUGGAAAUCAAACGAUACCAUUCCGCAAUCCAUCCUCUACAUUCGAAGCCGAGGAAGAAUCUGAACUGGCGACACUUCAAGAUGCAUAAUAAGUCAAUUCGCGCUGCGGUGCAGCUCUACUGUUAUGGGAUUUGCGAGCACAUUAAUACUACCUUCCUCGACGUGUAAUUUUGAAUGUACCUAACUCAUCACUAGUCUGAAUCCGCACUAUUCAUCUUGCCCUAACAUUAAUCAAAAUGUAAGGGUGUC